AUGGAACCGGUGAAAAGUGUAGUUGUGGGUUGCUGCCGUAGAAAUAGAGAAAGAGAGAAAGUCAUGGAGAGAAGGACAGAGAAUUUCCGGACUGCUGCUGGGAAGAAAUCACGAGAGUCAAUAGAGGAGGUGAAGAAGCCUGUGAGAGGGUCAAAGGAAUCAGGAGAAGAAGUAAAGAAACCUGGAAAAGGGUCAAAAGAAUCAGAUAAAUUGUCAAGAUUGAGGCCAAAAUUUUCCAAGAACCUAUUUGACAAGAGACCUCAGUUAAGACUGAAAGAAUCAAAAAAGGAUAAGAAGUCAAAAUUAUCGAAAGAGGAGAAAAAACCGAAAUCUAAGGAAGACAUCUCAUCGGACGACACUGCUUCCGAAGACGGUGCGGACCGUAAAGGGCAUGUGAAGAAGAAGGCGGAGAAAAAGAAAAAUACUAAAAAUAGUAAAAGUGGCGAAGCUAUCGUACAGCCUGCAGGUGGACGAGCUGAUGGAGCAGGGCUUCCUUUCGCCCCGAAAAUUUCCGCAUUACUCGGCCGCAAAGGAGCCGAUCACCAAGGUUCUCGCAGAAUAAAGACCAAGGACCCUAUACGAGCUAAAGCACCAGUCGUCGAGGCAGCAAAAGUCGCCCAGGACAAGGCGGUUGUCCAGGACAAGCCGGCUAAGGAGGGACCUGAGGAAUCAUUUGUUGACUAUUGGGUACAGCCAGGUGGAAAGAAAGCAGCACAAGAACAAGCCAAACCUGCACCACGAGCUGAAGGCGAAGCGUUCAAACCUGCAGGAAUUGAAUUAUCCGUAGUAGAAGAGCCUGCUAUGAAUCCAACACCAGAUGCCCCAAAACAGACAAUUCCUCAGAGCCCACCAGAGGAACAAGACGUUCUUCGUCCAAGUAAAGAGCUUCUGAAAGAAGGUACUCUCAAGCUUGGUACCACACAAUCUACGAAAUCGCGGCAGCCGUCCGGCCAAAUGUCACCAAAUCCGAAGGGAGCUCGAAUGGUAAGCUUCUUCGGAUAA